AUGGGCGGCAGGAUCUGGCUGCCAUUCCCAGUGCUCUUCCUGGUCUUUUUGCCGCCAGCGCUGCUGCGGGGGGCCGGCUUCAAGCCCUCUUUGGACAGCGACUUCACCUUCACGCUCCCGGCGGGCCAGAAGGAGUGCUUCUACCAGCCCAUGCCCCUGAAGGCCUCGUUGGAGAUCGAGUACCAAGUUUUAGAUUGAGCAGGAUUAGAUAUUGAUUUCCAUCUUGCCUCUCCAGAGGGCAGAACCUUAGUUUUUGAGCAAAGAAAAUCAGAUGGUGUUCACACUGUAGAGACUGAAGUUGGUGACUACAUGUUCUGCUUUGAUAAUACACUCAGCACCAUUUCUGAGAAGGUCAUCUUUUUUGAAUUGAUCCUGGAUAACAUGGGAGAAGAGGUUCAAGAACAAGAAGACUGGAAAAAAUAUAUUACUGACACAGAUGUGCUGGAGAUGAAACUGGAGGACAUCCAGGAAUCCAUCAACAGCAUCAAGUCCAGACUAAGCAAAAGUGGCCACAUACAAACUCUGCUUAGAGCAUUUGAAGCUCGUGAUCGAAACAUACAAGAAAGCAACUUCGAUAGAGUCAACUUUUGGUCUGUGGUUAAUUUGAUGGUCAUGGUGGUGGUGUCAGCAGUUCAGGUUUAUAUGCUGAAAAGUCUAUUUGAAGAUAAGAGAAAAAGUAGAACUUAAAACUCCAACAGUGUCACUUAACAUUGAAAAAAUAAAAGGUAGAAAAUUCUAAUACACUGUUACAGUCAAGAUCAUUAGUAGUCUUUACCAUAACAUUUUCAGAAAUUAAGUGUAAGAUAUGUAAAAUAUCUACUUUAGUAGAAAAGAAAAGUCCUCAUUUUAUGUCCAGAUAACAUUGACCCAUUAUACACUUAUGUAUACAACAGGAUAUCAUACAAAAUUUGAAUUCAAUUAAAU